GUGAGUUCGGGGAGGUGUGCAGCGGGUGUCUGCGUACCCCAGGUCAGAAGGAGAUCCCGGUGGCCAUUAAGACCCUGAAGGGAGGCUACGUGGAGCCCCAGAGAAGAGACUUCCUCAGAGAGGCCUCCAUCAUGGGACAGUUCGACAACCCCAACAUCAUACGGCUGGAAGGAGUGGUCACCAAGAGCAGACCUGUGAUGAUCGUGGUGGAAUACAUGGAGAACGGAUCCCUGGACUCUUUUCUGAGGCAGCAUGAUGGCCACUUCACAGUGGUCCAGCUGGUGGGGAUGCUGCAUGGCGUGGCGUCAGGGAUGACCUACCUGUCUGACUUGGGCUACGUGCACCGUGACCUGGCCGCUCGCAACAUCCUGGUAGAUGAGGGUCUGGUGUGUAAGGUGUCUGACUUUGGCCUGUCCAGAGUCCUAGAGGACCACCCUGAGCCUGCAUAUAACACCAUGGGGGAUAAGGUCCCGGUCCGUUGGACAGCUCCCGAGGCCAUCACCUACAGGAAGUUCUCUUCAGCCUCCGACGUCUGGAGCUACGGCAUCGUCAUGUGGGAAGUGAUGUCGUACGGGGAGAGACCUUACUGGGAGAUGUCCAAUCAGGAUGAUGAUGUGAUCCUGUCUAUAGAGGAGCGUUACCGUCUCUCUGUCCCCAUGGACUGUCCUGGG